AUGAGUGUUAGAACAACUGCCAUACCUAUUGCCUCAGCCUCGGUACCUUCCUCGCUCGAGAAUGAACCGCCUUCCCCGCCCCCUGCCUUCGAUUCGUCGACAUUACUUUCUGGCAUGUCUGCCAUGUCGUUUCUUGACCCAGAUUUAGUCGCCCCUGCAGAGGUAACCGACAGUGACGCACAAGGCACAUGGUGGGAUAGGCCAUUGGGAGAUCACCCCCUGCUUGUAUGGACAUCGCAACGUGAGCAAUUCUUGGAAGAAGUAUUGCGCUUAGAGGCCCCAAUCUCUGGGACGAGUGGAAAUUGCCACCGAUGCGAUGCAGAACAGGGUAGUUAUCGUUGCGUUUCCUGUUUCAAUGGCCGGUUGCUGUGUCAGGGCUGCAUAGUCAGGGAACACAACUCUACCCCUCUUCAUAAAGUGGAGGAAUGGACUGGCAUCUAUUUCAAGAAGACAUCUCUCGCAGAGCUUGGUUUAGUCAUGCAACUUGGUCAUCGUUUGGGUACCAAAUGUGUUCUCCCUGCUGUUAUCAAGUCAUUUGUUGUAAUCGAUGUCGAUGGGGUACAUACGGUGCAGAUGGCUUUCUGUAACUGUACUCAAUCGAUACCACGACACGUCCAGCUACUCCAAAGCCGCCUCUGGCCAGCGACAACUAUAUACCCACAAACCGCAGCCACCUUUCGUGUUCUGCAUCUUUUUCAAGUCUUAUCUUUCAUGUCCAAAGUCUCAGCCUAUGAGUUUUACCACACUCUUGCUCGCCUUUCAGAUAAUACCGGGUUACAUCCACCACCAGAUCGGUAUGAUACAUUUUUACAGAUUAUGCGUGAGUGGUGCCACCUACGCACUCUGAAACGCUUUGGCCGUGGUCACGAAACAGGAGGAAUUGGAGGGAUGAGCCCGGGAGAAUUGGUGUUACGCUGCCCGGCAUGUCCCCAUCCUCAGGUGAACCUUCCUAAUGGGUUUGCGGCAAACCUUGAGAAGCGUUGGUUAUAUUGCCUGUUCCUUGCAGUGGAUGCGAACUUUCGCCUUCGACGACUUAAUGUAUCAAGCGAAGAAAGUGAUCCCAGCUUGAACAAGGGAUACGCCUACUUUGUGGAGGAGGAAGCCUUUAGGUCGCAUUUGGAAAAGUACGGGAAGAUCAUUGCCGCGGAGGAAAAGAGUACUUGUAACAACCAUGAUGCGGUCAAGCUGGCUAAUAGCCGCGGAGGUCAAGGUGCGGCGGCAACAGGCGUAGGAGCUGUCGUUUGCGGACGUCAUGAUAUGAAGCGACCUCUAUCGGUCAGAGACUUGCAGAAGGGGGAAAGAUACAUCAAUAUGGAUUACUUCAUUCUUCAAACUCUCUCAUGCGAUACUCCCCCUGACCUCGUGAUCUCAUACGACAUUGCGUGUCAGUGGCAUAAGAAUCUCUUCGUCCGGAUUAGCAAAUAUCCUUCGAGUUUGCAACCCCACCAGCUGGAGAAAAAUAUUCUCUACCUUGUUCCAAAGUUCCAUUUACCAGCGCAUGUCCUGCUGUGUCGCAAUAACUUCUCCUUUAACUUCUCUGCCAAGGUAGGACGGACAGACGGAGAAGCACCGGAGAGAGGCUGGGCCGCCACUAAUGCCUUGGCCAACAGUACGAAGGAGAUGGGACCCGGAUCUUGCCGAGAUACACUCGAUGAUCAUUUUGGUGAUUAUAAUUGGCGCAAGAUUAUCAUCAUGGGUAGGCGUUCCGAUUUCAUGCUUUACCUUUGUUCUGAUCCCUUCAGCGCACGCUCGCAGCAAGUGGCUGAAUUUAUCAGCUAUGAAGAUGCUUUGCAAGAAAAGCACUCAGAGGCAAUCCGUGAAUGGCGCAUUAUGGUUCUUGCAUGGGAACAGGACCGCAAAAAGCCCAAUCCUUUCGCCCCGAGCUUACGCCCUGUCACCGAAAACGCAGUUCACCUAGAGCUUGCCAGAGAGGAGAAAACAGAGACGCACUUUGAAAUUCGACAUGACAUCAGCCCUAGUGAAUUUAUCGCUCAAGGUUUGCAACUGGAAGAAGCCCAGGUGCGAUUACUCGCCGAUAUGAACGGGCUUGGGAUACAUUCAACAGACCUGCAACGCACAAGAGUACAGCAACAUGCUAAUCGCAUUGCUCGCAAGAUCGAAGCUUGGAUCGAGGUACAGAAGGUCUAUAUGCCAAGAACGACUCUGCUCCGAACACGGGACGAUGACUCCCGUGCACCUGGUGUCGAAGUUCACCCAUCCAAAAUCCCUCUUUAUCUUCCUUCCCAUGCAGUCCGACUGAACGCCAUAAACGUCACCACCCACAAAACAAUUUUGGAGGACGAGCGUCGGUUAAGACUUGCUCAAGCACAUGACACCUUGGGGACAUUGCGUGACCAUCUCCUGCUGAAAUCGUACCUAGUCAUAUGGCGUCAACGUUUUUCUCAAGGCCAGCGAUACGGGACGAAAGCGAACACGCUUAUGCACAGAGUUGACACAAAAAUCGAAGCAGACGCAGCCAGAUACCGACGCAUCUACGCCGCUUUGGAGGUAGUCUCAACAAGAUUAAAUCAGCAUGAAUGGAAGUCAGGACUGUCACCUUUGAAGACAGAAGAUGUACGCGGAUUAAGCUCAUACAACGAGGCCGAAUCUGAAGGACACCGCACCUUGUCAUGGAUUUGGAAGACGAAUCUACAAGGCGGAGAAAAAGGGCUGCAAGAAGCCCUUCGAAUUGAAUGGUGCAAGUCUCGUGCUCGUGCGCAGCGGUAUCAAGAAGAAUGUGAGCUGUUAGCAGAGGAGAUGCGCCGGAUACAAGCGACCUUCGAAUACUACCGUGAUCUGUGGAAGGGCCGGGAGAUGCGAACGAGUCUGCCAGGUGCGAAAGCGUAUGCAUUGAGGCAGGCGGCACUGUGGUCAGAUCUUCGCACAAGUGCGGCUGUUCAGUGGAGCGAACUACUGGCUACGUUGCCCCCCGCAUCUGGAGGAUUAGAUCCAACAAUCGAUUUAGAUUCACGUCUUUGUAUCGUUACGUGACAAUCCUUGUUGUUACGUUUAUUUACAGUGGUACGGUG